GGGCUCUCGGCUAAGGGUUCAGCCCCCGUGUGGGGAAGCGCUGGGCUGAAAGCCGCAGGCCGAAGGAGCUAGGACCGCCUGUGCUGCCCACUCUGGGCGUGAGCGGCCAGUGGUCAUGUGACGUGGGGCGGUACCGGAACGCCGGCGGGAGGGAAGCGGCUGCUGCGGGUGAGGUAGCCACGGAGGGACCCACGGCAGCGACGGCACUAUGGCCACUCUCUACGGUGGCGUGGAGGGGGGAGGCACACAGUCCAAAGUCCUUUUACUCUCGGAGGAUGGGCAGAUCCUGGCAGAAGCAGAUGGACUGAGCACAAACCACUGGCUGAUCGGCACAGACAAGUGUGUGGAAAGGAUCAACGAGAUGGUGAACAGGGCCAAACAGAAAGCAGGGGUGGAUCCUCUGGUACCUCUUCGAAGCCUGGGUCUGUCCCUCAGUGGUGGAGAGCAGGAGGAUGCAGUGAGGAGCCUGAUGGAAGAGCUAAGGGACCGAUUUCCCUACCUGAGUGAAAACUACUUAAUCACUACCGAUGCUGCUGGCUCCAUCGCCACAGCUACACCAGAUGGUGGGAUCGUGCUCAUCUCUGGGACAGGCUCCAACUGCAGGCUCAUCAACCCAGAUGGCUCCGAGAGUGGCUGCGGUGGCUGGGGCCAUAUGAUGGGAGAUGAGGGCUCAGCCUACUGGAUUGCACACCAAGCUGUGAAAAUUGUGUUUGACUCCAUUGACAACCUGGAGGCGGCGCCUCAUGAUAUUGGUCAUGUCAAGCAGGCCAUGUUCAGCUACUUCCAGGUGCCAGAUCGGCUAGGAAUCCUCACAUACCUGUAUAGGGACUUUGAUAAAUGCAGGUUUGCUGGGUUUUGCCGGAAAAUUGCAGAAGGUGCACAGCAGGGAGACCCCCUGUCCCGAUACAUCUUCAGGAAGGCUGGGGAGAUGCUAGGCAGACAUGUUGUAGCAGUUUUGCCUGAGAUUGACCCGGUCUUGUUCCAAGGGGAGCUUGGCCUCCCCAUUCUGUGUGUGGGCUCUGUGUGGAAGAGCUGGGAGCUGCUGAAGGAAGGCUUUCUCCUGGCGCUGACCCAGGGCCGAGAACUACAGGCACAGAACUCCUUCUCUAGCUUCACCUUAAUGAAGCUGCGACAUUCUUCUGCACUGGGGGGUGCCAGCCUGGGGGCCAGGCACAUCGGACACCUCCUUCCCAUGGACUACAGCAUGAACGCCAUUGCCUUCUACUCCCACACCUUCUAGGGACUACCUGGCCCCACUGCCCAAGCACAGCUGACAUUGGGUGUUAGAAGGGAGACUUAAAAAAAAACAAAACAUAUGGAAGAAAAUAAACGCACUUUACCCUCUCCCCA